AACGACUCCAGAGGGGUGAACUUCAUUGUCACGACUCCUUACCUUAUCGGACAUUACAAUAUGCGAACUCCUUGCAACUAUCCCGUCUAUUUUACCUUUGUGUUCAUACAUUCCGAUCUAAAGGAGGACCCUGCACCACGAACCAUCAUAUUCUUCAGCAUCAAAUACCUGUACGCGUACAUGGGCGCAAAGGCUAUCAAAAGCGACUGCCGACGAUGCCUUCACGAACGCCCAGGAGAGGAGCCUGCGUACGAGUCGCGCGAGCAUACAUUCCACGACUGUCCGACAGUGCGAGCUCUCCGGACCCAAACCCUGUCUUGGUUUUCUGAGUUGUGCCCGACGAUGGACCUGAGGAACGAUCCGAACCAGCUUAUACUUGGCUGGCCAGAGGUGGAAAAGGUGCCACCGAUUGUGAUCCACAUCCACUCGUGCGUCACACAUGCGAUCUGGCGGACGUACUGCCAACUGGGAGACAAGGAGAAGCUGUACCACAACCAGCUGCAGAUCAUGGCGGUGCACGCGAUAAAGAGUCGCGCCAAGUUCAAGGACCAAGAGCGACGAGACAAGGUGACGACGCCGGUCGAGCAUCGGGUACUAGAGGCUGUUGGGGACGAGUACUACGAGCGCAUGCGCCAAGAAUGGCACCACCUGCCGCACAUUAUGAUGCAACGGGACGGGGUAGCCUUUGGCGAACUCUGGUCUGAACCAGAAGCACAGGAGAAACCUGCCGCGGCAGGAGCCGAUCAGUAA